AAGAAAGAAAUUUCAAUUUUAUCGAUUAUUUUCGACAUUUUUUUGAUAGCCAAAAAUAGGCGCCCUAUCAGGUGCGUAAUAUAUACAUAUAUAUAUAUCUGUCGAAAACUGCAUGAUUUAUGAUUUAGAUUGGGUGAGGCGACUGAUGAUAUACCUAUGUAUAACAGCAUUAAGUUGCAUUAAAAAAAAACGGCCUCUUUCAUUUAUAUCAUAAUUCCUACAAAUAUUUAUACUACUUUAUUCGACUUAAAUGUUCUCGUUAUUAAAUACUGACCGAUUCGGUUCUUGACCCUAACCAACGGGAUCAAGCUUAUCAAGAGCGCCAGCGUGGUAUCUGCUACAAAAAUCUGAUAUAUAUGCUAUCACAAUGAACGACGAGUACAUAGUGAAAACUGUUCUUCAUGCUGGAUCAGAAAUUAUUAACUUUGUACCAGGAACAAAAGUUAUAUUUCACUUUAAAACUACAAAAUGUGACUUUGACAAAACAGUGAUAGACGACAGUAGGACGAUGGAAAAUCCAAUGGAACUUAUAUUAGGGAAAAAAUUCAAAUUGGAAGUAUGGGAAGCAAUUUUACAAAAAAUGGCAUUGAAUGAAGUCGCCUGUUUCAAAGUGCAUAAAAGUCUAGUGACUACAUACCCUUUUGUCUCUAAGACAUUAAGAGAAGCUGGCAAACCACAGUCACAGAAGCGUAAUCACCAUUGUUGCGGCGUUACUCUGCAGAAUGAAGGCAUUGGUUAUCCUGAUUUGGACGAACUUAUAAAAUGUCCUCAAGAUCUGGAAUUUACAAUGGAACUUAUCAAAGUGGUAUUGCCAAAUGAAUAUGAGAAAGAGUCAUGGCAAAUGACGGAGAAUGAGAAGCUUGAAAGCAUACCGCAUCUGAAGGAAAAAGGAAAUGCUUUGUUCAGAGAAAAAAAAUAUGACAGCGCAUCUGAAAUAUACGCGAAGGCUAUUGGAAUAUUGGAACAACUCAUGCUAGCUGAAAAACCAAAUGAUGAAGAAUGGUUAUCAUUGAAUCGAAUGAAGAUACCAUUGCUUUUGAACUAUGCACAAUGUAAAUUAUUAAAUAAAGAGUAUUAUUCAGUUAUUGAACAUUGUACAACAGUUCUGAAAACAGAGCCAGAUAAUAUAAAGGCGCUUUAUAGAAGAGGUAAGGCAUACAUUGGUGCGUGGGAUGAAAAAAAUGCCUGUAGAGAUUUAAGAAAAGCUGUUGAAAUCGAUCCUUCUCUAUAUAAUACUGUCGAAAAGGAGUUACAGGCAUUUGCAGCAGCCAUCAAAGAGAAGGAUGGUAUACAGAAAGAAAAAUUAUCGAAAAUGUUUAAAUGAAUCUUUAAUGAUUUCGAUGUUACUAACGUAUGAAAUUAAUUUUUAAAUAUUUGUAUCAAAUUAAUUUGACCUAUAUACAUCUGUUUUCUUUCUUUAAUGCUGAAAGCAGUAAUUUUUUUGUAUUGGUUUUUCCAUUAUCAAAUGUCUCUAACUUUUGUAAAAUUAAUGUUAAGUCUAUUGUGUGUAUAUAUAUAAAAGAAAACAAAAUAAUCUGUCGCACAAACGUAUCUAUAUCCUUACGUUCGCUUUGAUGCUUACAGCGUUCUUGGAAUUAUUUAUCCUUGUUUAUGAAAUGUCAUACAA